AUGAAACUGACGACCUACCAGCGCAUCGAACCUCUAACGGGUAAAGAGCUCACAUGUAAGCGCUGUCCGCCGGGAUAUCGCCUGGUCUCACACUGCACCGCCACCGAGCAGACGCAAUGCGCACUGUGUCCGGAUGGUCUCUACACGGAAUGCUGGAAUUAUGUUAGAAACUGUUUACUAUGUGAUGUCUGCUCGAGCAAUCAGGUCAUCAGGCACCCGUGCACACAUUCUCACAACACAGUCUGCGAGUGUGACAAGGGCUAUUACUGGCACGAGUUCUUUUGCAAGAGACACAGCGUGUGCGCCCAGGGAUACGCCGUUAAAACCAAAGGUACACCUGUCAGAGACACGGAGUGUGAGGUUUGUCCCAGAGGACAGUAUGCCUCAGGGAGGGCAGGCCAGGCAGUGUGUGUGCCACAUACUGACUGUAAGUCCAGUGGUCAGAGACUCCUCCUGAGAGGAACCAGUUGGCAUGACAACAUAUGUGCCACAUGCAGCGAUGUGAGAGCUCAAGGUUGGGUUCCUUUCUUCCGAAACUUUGUACACGAUUUCUUCACCCAGCGGAAAAUGAGUGAAAAUAAGCUCCAGCGAUUUGUGACCAAAUUUCUGAGAGUUGAGGGGCGUAGGGUCCGUGAGAGAAGUUCCCAGCUCACUGUUGACCAGUUGGUUCAGCGGCUGCAGGAGUGGAUGAGCCACGUCGGGGCCCAUCAGGUCCAGGAACUGCCCUCUCUGCUCCAUUCUGCAGGCAUGACGGGCUUGGCCAAUCAGCUGGAAGGGAAGAUGACAAAGAUCAUGGAUGAGGCAAGAGCCUGCAGCACUGCAGCUGUAAACUGA